AUGUCGGGAGAAGCUCAGCUCCCACCCCCGCCGAGGGUUCCUCCACCCGAACCCGACCCCAUGGCAGCCAUGAAGCUUACCAGGGGCACCUCGUGUGUGCUGUGCCAGCAACGAAAGGUGCGCUGCGACAAGAACAAGCCACGGCGGAAGAAGCGUCUCCAGGAACGGGAUCUUGUCGACAGGCUCAAGAAGUACGAAAACCUCUUGGCCGAGAAUGGCGUUAAGUUCGACCCCAUCGCCGCGGAUCUCAAGGCCUCGGAUAGGAACUCGAUGCACAUGGACGACGAUCAUCAUAUCGACGAUGAUGCUGACCUAGCAAACGACUUUGAAGGGCUGAAGACAUCUCCCGAGGGAAGCACAUCCCUUCGGUGUCAGGGAGUCGAAGGUCGCAAUCCGAUAACUAGCGAGGAGCUGCUCAGAGACUCGUCGGAAGACGAGGUUGAUGGUUCAACGAUCCACCAUGCUUUUGACAAGAUGUACGACAACCAAGACGGCUUCCCGUUUGUCGUAGGCAGUCGAAAUGCGUCUGUGACGCACCUCCACCCAUCACCCAUCCAGAUCUUCCAACUCUGGCAGAUCUACAUUAACAACGUCAACCCCCUCCUAAAAAUCACACAUGUGCCAACGGUCCAGGGCCUCAUCAUCGAGGCCAGCGCCAACCUCGAGAAGGUUCCUAAGAGCGUCGAAUCGCUCAUGUUUGCCAUAUACCUUAUGGCAGUCACCUCACUCGAGGAUGUCGAGGUCGCAAAGAUGUUCAGCGAACCCAAGCCCACUAUCCUCUCCAGGUUCCAUACCGGGCUUCAGCAGGCCCUGGUCAAUGCCGGCUUCAUGCGCACCAGUGAUACGAUGGUUCUCCAGGCCUAUAUGCUCUACCUAAUAUUCUGUCUUGUCGGGAUCGCCGUUAGAAUAGCCCAACGAAUGGGCCUCCAUCGAGACGCCGCAGCGUUUGGCCUGUCGCCAUACGAAGUCGAGCAGAGGCGGCGGCUGUGGUGGACGAUCGUGGGCUACGACCGCCGGAUAGGAGAGAUGACGGGCUCAACCGUCACGGCCCUGUCCACAGCCGGGGACUGCAAGCUGCCCCUGAACAUUAACGACACGGACCUUCACGUUAACGGCAAAGACGCUCCAACCCCCCAUCAGGGCGUGACCGAGAUGCUCUUCGUCCUCAUCCGGACGGAGCUUGCGAUGGCUAUCAGCAUCGACAGCAUGCGGGACCUCCAAAGACACGGCGAUAAGGACAGCGCCCCUGGGUCCGCCGCACCGCGCCCCGUUCCAACUGUUCGUAUGGCCGGCCAGGAUCAAUCCUAUACACUCGACGGGUUCUUCGCGCACAUUGAGGGCACAUACCUCAAGUGGUGCGAUCCCAAAAUCCCGCUGCACUUCUUCACUCUCACCAUGACUCGGCAAGCGUUGUGCAAGAUGCGCGUCAUUUCAUUCCUCGUGCGGAUGGGGAAUGGCGAGGCAACAACGUUGGCGGAUCACGAGCGCGAUACGCUCUUCCUCGAGGCCAUCCAGAUGAUCGAGUAUGACAACGUUGUCCAGGCCGCCGACAGCCUACAGGGGUACAAGUGGUACACGUAUCUGCAUUUCCCGUUCCCAGCAUACAUGUUCCUAGUGACGGAACUGCGCCACCGGCUUACGGGCCCGAUGGUCGAGCGCGCGUGGGACGCCAUCGCCGAGAACCACGACCGGCGCGGUCUCAUGAGCACGCUACAUAGCCCCAUGCACAUUGCGUUCGGCAACCUUUUCAUCAAGGCCUGGGACGCCCAUGAGGCUGGGCAGCAGCAGAUCGGCAAGCCGGUACAGGAGCCAAUGUGGAUUACACGGCUCCGGCAGCGGGCGGAGAAGAUGGGCAAGAAGCACCGGAGCAGCCAGCCCGGACCGGAGAUGAGCGUUGGCGUCCCGCACUCGACGGCCCGGGCUGCAUCGGUGAAUAACACGUCGCAGCUCGGGCCCGUGCAGAUGCCGCAGAAUAUGAUGAUGACGCCGCCGUCUGUGAGCGCGGGGACGCCGGCUAUGAACGGCCCCCCAGCCCCUGAAAGCGAUGUCGUCGACAUGGACUGGAGCUACUUGAUGCAGGGGUACGAUAUGGACACAUAUGCGGCAUUUGGAGCAGGAUUCGGCGGCUUCCCUAUGAAUGGGAAUAACAUGGGAGGGCCGGGCAUGAUGGGCAACUCUGACGGAAACAUGUUUGGGAACUAA